CUGAAGCAGAUGGAGGUGCAACUGGAGGAGGAGUACGAGGACAAGCAGAAGGUGCUGAGAGAGAAACGGGAGCUGGAGAGCAAGUUAUCCGCUGUCAGUGAGCAGGCCACCCAGCGGGACUUUGAGACGGAGAAGCGCCUGCGCCGGGACCUGAAGAGGACGAAGGCACUGCUGGCGGACGCGCAGAUCAUGCUGGACCACCUGAAGAACAACGCACCCAGCAAGAGGGAAAUCGCCCAGCUCAAGAACCAGCUGGAGGAGUCGGAGUUCACCUGCGCGGCCGCCGUCAAGGCCCGCAAGUCGAUGGAGGUGGAGAUCGAAGACCUGCACCUGCAGAUCGAUGACCUCGCCAAGGCCAAGGCAGCGCUGGAGGAGCAGCUGAGCCGGCUGCAGCGGGAGAAGAACGAGGUGCAGAGUCGUCUGGAGGAGGACCAGGAGGACAUGAACGAGCUGAUGAAGAAGCACAAGGCAGCUGUGGCUCAGGCAUCCCGGGACCUGGCACAGAUGAAUGAUCUCCAGGUGCAGCUGGAGGAGGUCAGCAAGGAGAAACAGGAGCUGCAGGAGAAGCUGCAAGGCCUCCAGAGCCAGCUGGAGUUCCUGGAGCAAUCCAUGGUGGACAAGUCGCUGGUGAGCCGGCAAGAAGCCAAGAUCCGCGAGCUGGAGACCAGGCUGGAGUUUGAGCGGAGGGGGGCGGGGCCCAGCCGCAAGAAACACGAGCUGGAGAUGGACCUGGAGAGCCUGGAAGCCGCCAACCAGAGCCUACAAUCGGACCUGAAGCUCGCCUUCAAGCGCAUUGGGGACCUGCAGGCAGCCAUCGAGGACGAGAUGGAGAGCGACAGCAACGAGGACCUCAUCAACAG